UGCAGCAACACAUUCAACACAUUCCUCUGAACCAGAUUUAUUCUGCCAGUUAAUACUGGUUCAGCUGCACUGAAAAAACUCAGUCAGACACAGAAGAGUUUAACCAGUACUAACUUGAGUCAGACUUAGUCCCAUUUAAAUUCCAGUUAGAAAAACUGUUAAACACUCAAGUUGAACUCGUGCCUGCAGAGAUGAAGUUGUUGCUGUUGUUGCUGCUGAUGGAGCAAACUGCAGCUCAGCAGAGAGGUCUGUUUCCUGCCAUCUUGAACCUGGCCAGUAAUGCAGUGAUCAGCAGUAAUGCCACAUGUGGAGAACCAGAACCUGAGGUCUACUGUAAACUCGUCGAACACGUCCCAGGACGAAGAAUCAAGAACCCACACUGUCCAAAAUGUGACGCCAACUCCAUCCUGUCCAAAGAACGUCAUCCAAUCACAAACGCCAUUGAUGGGACAAAUCAGUGGUGGCAGAGUCCAAGUAUCAAGAAUGGACGACAGUUCCACUGGAUCACCAUCACACUGGACCUCAAGCAGAUUUUUCAAGUUGCCUACAUCAUCAUCAAGGCAGCUAACUCUCCACGCCCAGGUAACUGGAUCCUGGAACGCUCUCUGGACGGUGUGACCUUUGACCCCUGGCAAUUUUACGCCAUCAGUGAUUCUGAGUGUUUGACACGUUACAACAUCACACCGAGACUGGGACCUCCAACCUACAAAAGCGACACAGAGGUCAUCUGUACGUCUUACUACUCCAGACUGAACCCACUGGAGCAUGGAGAGAUCCACACCUCUCUAAUCAAUGGGCGACCCAGUGCCGAUGAUUUGACCCCUGACCUCCUGAACUUCACGUCAGCUCGUUACAUCAGACUGAGACUUCAGCGAAUCAGAACUCUGAACGCCGACCUGAUGACGCUGAGCGCCCGUGACCCUCGAGAGAUCGACCCCAUCGUCACCCGGAGGUAUUAUUACUCCAUCAAAGACAUCUCUGUGGGCGGGAUGUGUAUCUGUUAUGGACACGCUCAGAGCUGCCCACUAGACCCUGUUACCAAGAAGCUGCAGUGUGUGUGUGAACACAACACCUGUGGAGAAAGCUGUAACAAGUGUUGCACCGGUUACCACCAGCAGCCAUGGCAACCAGGAACUGUCUCUGAGGGAAACACAUGUGAAAAAUGUAACUGUCACAACAAAGCCAUCGACUGUUUCUACAAUCAAACCGUCUCUGAGUUCUUUCUGAGUCUGAACUUGCACGGCGUACGGCAAGGGGGAGGAGUUUGUAUCGACUGUCAACAAAACACAUUUGGCAUCAACUGUGAGAUGUGCAGAGAUGGAUUCUACAGACAUGCUGAGGUCUCUCCAUAUUCAGACUCUCCCUGUGUCGAGUGUGACUGUGAUCUGAGAGGAUCGAAGUCUUCAGUCUGCUCCAGAGAUGACACAGAGCCAGGUAUGUCUGCAGGUCAGUGUGUGUGUCAUGAGGGCUUUACUGGUCGACGGUGUGAUCGUUGUGCGUUUGGAUACAGAGAUUUUCCUCAGUGUCUUCGCUGUGAGUGUGACCUUUCAGGCAGCAUCAACACCGACCCCUGCAGCCCCUGCACCUGCAAGAUGAACGUGAUGGGAGCUCACUGUGAUCUGUGUAAACCAGGUUUUUACAACCUGCAGGAGAAAAAUCCACUUGGCUGCACUGACUGCUUUUGUUUUGGUGUGUCUGACGUCUGCGAGAGCUCCACCUGGUCCACAGCUCAGGUGUUUCAUACAGAUGCUUGGCUCCGCCCCUCUCAGGCUCUCCACACACCCCCUAUUAUCCAUGGCAAUGACCUCCCUAUUCCCGGCAACAUCUCAUCUGGCCACACCCAUCAACAUGUGCUGUCGUGGGCAGCCCCUGCUAGUUUCCUCGGCAACAAGCUGCCGUCUUAUGGAGGUUACCUGAACUACUCAGUGGUCUAUGACGUCCCACUGGACAACAAAGACCAUUCUCUCCCCGUGCGCUCUGACAUUAUCAUUGAGGGUAAUGGGAAGGCUCUUCGUCUCUCACCUCUUCUCCUCCUCUUCCUCUCUCCGCUUUCCGAGCGCUUCGUUGCCAUGGCAAUGGUUCCACAGCAGUUUGUGGACGAUCAGACAGGUGUUAAAGUGAACCGCGACGAUCUGCUGUCGAUCCUCACUGACGUGACAUCACUGAGGGUCAGAGUUCACCUGAAUGCCUCUGCUGAAGGGCCAAUACGACUCAGUUCAGUAUCUCUGGAUGUUGCUGACUCUGGAUCCGCGUCUGGGGUUCAGGCAGUUGCCGUGGAGACAUGUGAAUGUCCAUGGGGCUAUAGUGGCACUUCCUGUGAGGCGUGUCUCCCAGGUUUUUAUAGAGUGGGAGGAGUCUUGUUUGGAGGAAACUGUAUGCAAUGUGAGUGUAAUGAUCACGCCACUGAGUGCGACAUCAACGGAGUUUGUUUGGGUUGUACCCACAACACCACAGGUCCUCACUGCAAUCAGUGUCUCCCUGGUUUCUAUGGCGACUCAACUGAGGGGACAGCAGAUGACUGUCUGCUGUGUCCGUGUCCUCUGACGGAGCCAUCCAACAGUUUCAGUCCCACCUGUUUGCUGGAGGCACCUGGUCACGUGUCAUGUGACCAGUGUCAGGACGGAUACACAGGGACCAACUGUGAGAGGUGUGCCAGUGGUUACUAUGGUAACCCACAGGUGGUGGGUGGAGCCUGUGUUCUCUGUGAGUGCAACGACAACGUGGAUAUCAGCGAGGCGGGACACUGUGAUACCGUCACUGGGGAGUGUCUGAGUUGCCUCGGCAACACAGCUGGGAGACACUGUGAGGUCUGUCAGUCUGGUUACUAUGGAGACGCCGUGCACACCAAGGACUGCCGGGAAUGUGGUUGUGAUGACAACGGCGCCCUCUCCAGUGUGUGUGAUGUCACAACAGGUCAGUGUUCCUGUAGAGAAAACGUGACAGGACGCACCUGUGACCGGUGCCAGUCAGGGUUCUUCGGGCUGCAGAGUGGGCGGGGCUGUCAGAGCUGCGGCUGCUACCAAUCUGGAUCUGUUUCUGAGUCAUGUGAUGACAAGGGCCACUGCCAAUGUGUGGAGGGUGUGGGCGGACACAAGUGUGACCGCUGUAGUCGUGGCUACUAUGGAUUCCAUGGCAGUGGCUGCACAGCAUGCACCUGUGAUCACACGGGUGGGAACUGUGACCCUGAGAAUGGAGAGUGCAUCUGCCCUGCCCACACAGAGGGAGACACCUGCAACAGGUGCAAAGCAGGUUACUGGGGUCACGACCAAACUACAGGCUGCAAGCCUUGCAGCUGCAGCAUGGCAGGAAGCUCCACCCCUCAGUGUGAUCUAACCAAUGGACAGUGUCGCUGCAGAGAUGGGUUCUCUGGCAGGUCAUGUGAACUGUGUGCACCUGGUUACCAUGAUUAUCCUACAUGCUCAGCGUGUGGCUGUGACAUAGCAGGAACAGAUGAGAAGUUCUGCAACACGACACUGGGAGUGUGUGACUGUCGAGACACUGGAAAGUGUGUGUGCAAGGUGGGUGUGACGGGGCAGCAUUGUGAGGAGUGUGUCUCUGGUUGGUUCGGUUUGUCAGCUGUGAAUCCAGACGGUUGCUCUCAGUGUUUCUGUUCAGGACUGAGCCAAGAAUGUGAAGAGCAGGGAGGACUCACAAGAGUACCUAUCAUCCUGGCUCACACUCCCGCUCUAUUGUCAUUGGUUAGUCAGUCUAACCUGCAAGGUGUAGUAUCUGGAGUUUACCAUCAGGGCGGCGACAUGCUGCUCGACACCCGUCAGCUCAACAGCAGCAGGCUGGCCGGCCCACUCUACUGGAGACUGCCCCUCCAGUUCGAAGGCAGCCAGCUCCUGUCAUACGGUGGCCUGUUAUCUUACAUCAUCACCUUCUAUGCCGAGGAUGGUUUGGGGCUGUCCAAUCAGGAGGCUCAGGUGCUGAUGAGAGGCGGGACUCUGAGGAAGCUUGUUAUAUACACUGAUAUGGUCGCCCCUAGCAACGGCAUCAGGACUCAGCAUGACAUCAGGAUGACCGAGCAUAAAUGGAAGUAUUUUAACUCAGUGUCUGAGAAGGCGGUGAGUCACGCUGACUUCAUGUCCAUCCUCAGUAAUGUCCAAUAUAUCAUCAUUAAGGCUUCAUAUGGGACCAGACUGCAACAGAGCAGAAUCUCUAAUAUUACAAUGGAGACGGCGAUGGAGGCAGAGUUAGAGGAGGGAUCAGAAGUCAGAGGAGGCGUGGCCAGACUGAUUGAGUCCUGCGUCUGUCCACCUGGACACACAGGACUGUCAUGUCAGGAGUGCGCAGAAGGAUAUUUCCGUCAGCCUCAGUCUGAGUUGUCGCCUCAAAGUCAGAAGUCAAUGUUUGUUCGUCCGUGUGUUCGAUGUCGCUGCAACAACCACAGUGAAAGCUGUGACACAGAGACUGGAGACUGUCAGGAUUGUCAGCAUCACACCAGUGGGCGGAGCUGUGAGUGGUGUACCCCAGGGUACUAUGGGAAUGUCAGUGGCUCUAUCAGUGACUGUUCACUGUGUGCCUGCCCCCUACAGGACAACAGUUUCAGUCCCACCUGUGUCCCGGAAGGAGCAUCUGGUGAUUUUCGCUGCAUCGCCUGUCAGACAGGGUACGAGGGGAGAUACUGUGAGAGGUGUUCUGUUGGUUACCAUGGUAACCCCUCAUUGCCCGACGGGAGGUGUUCACAGUGUAACUGCAGUGAGUGGGGGUCCCACCACCCACUGUGUGACACACUGAAUGGACAGUGUGAGUGUAAGGCUGGGGUCAAAGGUCAAACAUGUGACCAGUGUGACAAGAGACAUGUUCUGCAGGGAGGAGAGUGUGUAUCAUGUGACAACGACUGCACCGGCAUUCUGCUGGACGACCUGGACAAACUGCAAAUUCAUUUCAUGUCUGUCAACCUGAGCAGCAUUGCCAUGGCACCUUAUCGCCAGCUGGUGCUCCUAGAGAACCAGACCAGAGACAUCCUGGUGGAGUCUUCAGAGAACAGCUCUGUCACUUUCCAUCUGUCCAAAGUGGAAGACAAGUUAAAUCAUUUGACCUCUGACCUGAGUGCUUUACUGCAGCAGUUCACAAGUCUGUCUAAUGACCUGGAGAAAGUGGACAUGUCCGCCAACAACAGCCUUUCCCAGGGUGCAGUGCUGCUGGGGAGUAUCCGCAGUAUUCAAGACAACAUUCAAGUGGUGCAGAGGGAGGUGGUGCAUCUGAACCAGACCACAGAACAGGAGUUUGAAUCAGCCAAGCAGACGCGUAUGCUGGAGGGGGUGGAGUUCAUGUUGGUAACCAUGAGAGGUGUCAAUCUAACAGCUGCCAACACUGCAGCCAAUCAGGAGCUCAGUCUGUCAGAGUCUCUCAUCCACUCACUGCAGGGGGACUUCCUGUCCAGCAGGGUGAUGGCUGACAACAGGCUUCACCUCAUCUCCAGCUCUUUCACUGCCGCCACAGAAACUCUGCGAAACGCACACACACACCUGAAUGACGCUGCACAACGAAACACUGAAACACACACUCUGCUGGACACUACACAAAGUCUGCUGCACCAACACCAGUCUGUCCAUCAGAACCUGAGUGUUGAGUGUCUCUUUGUGGAUGGAGUGAUGGAGGAGAGUCAGCUGCUGCUGGACGACAUCAUUAGUCUGACCGAGGAGUUAACAAACAGCACUGCACAGGUGGAGGUGCUGGGUGGUCAGUUGGAUCAGUGGCACCCCCUGUUGAGGAAACAGGUGGACAGUUUGGUUGGUGGACUGAAGAUGACAGACGCUCUGGAAUACGUUUACCGUGCAGAGAGUCACGCCCACCUGCUGCAGAGCCAUGCCCAUUCCCUGCACAGCUCUCUGUCGUCAGUGUGUAACAUGUCUCAGAAUGGCAGCAGAUUGGUUCAGCUCGACAGUGACAUCACAGAGCGAGUUGACUCUGCCCAACAGGUGGCCUCGAUCGCCCACGUCUCCGCUUCCCUCGCUCACAACUUGACUGUCCAAUCAGAGCAACUGCUGUCAGAGGAGGGCGGAGCCAAACUGAACAUCAGCUCUGCUGUUUUACAAGAAAGUCAACGAAUCAACAAGACAGCUGAAGAUCUGCAUCUGAAUGUCUCUAUGGUAACCAGCAGACUGGGAUUGGUCAAAGAGAGCAUCCGUAACUCGAGCUUCCUCCUCCAUCAGCCAAUCAAAGAGCUGCAGAGCCUCUCUAACGGUUCGUCUUUGUUAUUAAAGCAGGCUCAGCUUCAAGCUGCAGCAGUGCACUCUGGCCUGCAGGCGGCACUGCUGCAACUGCAGAGACUCAGAGAUCAGCUGCAGGAUUCUUCUUCUGAGGUGGAAAACACCAACACCACAGUGAGGGAGACUAACCAGCUGGUGACUCACACACACGCUGCAGCCAAUGAGGCGCAGCGUAAGCUUGAGGAGGCGGAGCAUCGUACAGAGCGUCUGAUGGAGCGCAUAAAGCCGCUGAGCAUGCUGGGAGAAACACUGAGCAGGAACCUGUCUGACAUCAGAGAGCUGAUUGAUCAGGCCCGAAGACAGGCCGCAUCGAUAAAGGUGGCAGUGCAGGCGGACAGAAACUGUGUUCGAUCGUACAGACCACAGAUUCAGUCCAGUAACUUCAACACUCUGAGUCUGAUCCUGAAGACGACCAGUCCAGACAAUCUGCUGUUCUACCUGGGCAGCAACUCCACGGUGGACUACCUGGCCGUAGAGAUGUAUGCUGGGAAGGUGUCUCUGGUCUGGGAUGUGGGUUCAGGCAGCACCAGACUUGACUUUCCUGGACUGGACAUCACCAACAACAGGUGGACCAGAAUCAAUGCGACACGGUUUGGGGCCCACGUCUCUCUGUCAGUCCAUCAGCUGGAGUCAGAGUUGGCUCCAUUGCCCACGGUCAGGGCUAUAUCACCAGGGUCAUCCCGAGUUUUAGACAUCAACAAAAACACAGUGAUCCACAUUGGAGGAAUGGGAGCUCACACUCAGAGGUUUGCGGUGCUUAGGUCCUCCACCUUUCAGGGCUGUCUGGGUGAAGCUUCGCUCAAUGAGAGAAACAUCGGACUGUGGAACUAUGACAGCAGAGAGGGAGAGUGUGGAGGCUGCUUCAGCAGUCCACAGGCAGAGGAGACUUCGUUCCACUUUGAUGGAUCUGGAUUCUCAUUAGUCCAGAAGUCUCUGCGUGCAACCUCGACCUCCAUCGUCCUGCUGUUUAAAACUCUGUCACCGGGUGGAUUACUGCUUUAUCUGGCCUCCAACAACACUAGAGACUUCCUGUCAAUGGAGCUGGUAGAGGGGCAUGUCCGGCUGACCUUUGACCUUGGUUCAGGUGCUCUGAUCCUGACCUCCAACAGGAAGUACAACACCGGGGUGUGGUACAAGAUCACCCUGCAGAGAAACAAACGCAAAGGUUACUUGUCCAUCAUGGCUGCUGACCAAUCAUCAGAGAAGGAGGUGCUGGAGGCAGAGUCUCCUGGGAUGGCCUCUGACCUGAACCGCUCUGACCUCGACCCCAUCUACAUUGGAGGACUUCCUGCCUCAAGACCAAUCAGGCGACAGGUGGUGUCCAGGUCAUACAUCGGCUGUAUAAAGAAUGUGGAGAUUGCUCGGUCCAACUUCGACCUGCUGAGGGACGCAUACGGAGUCAGGAAGGGUUGCGUCCUGGAGGCAGUGCGGAGUGUGUCAGUGCUGGCUGAAGGCUUCGUUCAGAUCACUCCUCCAGCGUUCAGUCAGGAGGCAGAGAUUCUCCUCUCCUUCUCCUCCAACAACCAAUCAGGAGUCCUGCUGGCAACCUUCAGUGACGACCGCUCACUCAGACAGCACUUCCUGUCUGUUCACCUGGUCUCAGGUGCGUUGGAGGCAGUGCUUGGUGAGGUAGGUGGAGCUACUCAGAGGGUGAUGGUGAUGAAACCUGACAGAGGAUCCUUCAGUGACGGAGAAAAACAUUCUGUGAUUAUCACCAUCAACAGGAAGUCUCUGUCCCUGCAGGUUGACGAGGAUCACCUGAAAUCUGUACCUCUGUUGCCGGGCGGAUUUCCUCAUUCGUCUCCAGCCUCCUUCUUCAUUGGCGGGUUGCCCUCAGGGGGGGAGUUGCGUCUACCAAUCAGAUUACAGCAUUUAUCCAGGCGGUUCAGAGGCUGCAUCCAACACCUGGUGGUGGGUGGAGCACUUGUCGACCUAUCAGGAGCUGUGAGGUAUGAGGGGGUCGAGCUUGACAGCUGCCUGUUGGAGGAAAGGGUUGGGGGGGCAGUGCUUCCUGAUGACCAAGAUGUAGAACCAACUCCUGACCCUGCCAACCUGCCCAUAGCCCCACCAACACAACUCAGCGCCCUCACACCUGGAGUACUAACGUGUGUGUCGGAGUCAGAGCCAAGUUUCCUGCCAUCAGCUGUUCAGUUUGGUUCAUCCAAACACAGUCACAUGACCUUCAUCAUCAACCCUAAUACUGUCAGGAAGAGUGUUUCAGUGAAGAUGUUGAUUCGAAGCCGGGCUCUGGACGGGUUGAUCCUCCUCCUCUCUGACUCCAAACACAUGGACUUCAUCGUCCUCAGACUGAUGGGUGGGAGACUGUCGAUGUCAGCUGACAUGGGGAAAGGCCCUGCCUCCAUCACCUCAUCUGUAAUCAUCAGUGAUGGAGAAUGGCACACUGUGAGUGCUGAGGUCAGCCGGCGGGUGGUGUCCGUCAUGGUCGACACUUCCAGUCCGGACUCUGUGACAGUUAAAGGAAACCAGCUGGACGUGGACAACAGACUUUACCUGGGCGGUCUGCCACACACACACUCCACCAGGAGAAUCAAUGUGAGCAGCAGUUUUCCAGGUUGUGUUCGCUCUGUCAGUCUGAACGGAGCCAUGUUGGAUCUGACCAAGCCGGCCUCGCAGCAUGAUGUCACUUCCUGUUUCAUCAAAGACCAGACCGGAAGCUACUUUAACGGCAGUGGCUACGCUGUCCUCAUGCAUGAUGGGUAUAAAGUCGGCUCAGAUGUGUCAGUGACUCUAGAGUUUCGAACGAGCCAAUCAGAGGGAGUGUUUCUGGGAAUCAGCAGUGCAAAGGUCGACGCCAUCGGAAUUGAGAUGAUCAAUGGCCAGGUGGUGUUUCACGUGAACAACGGGGCGGGGCGAGUGUCGGUGCGUUCAGUUGGUCAGGUGUUGUGUGAUGGACAGUGGCACCACCUGCUGGCCAGAAAAACCAAACACACCCUGAGUCUGAGUGUGGACGGGCGGAGUUACACCACCCCCAAUCCAUACCCACAAUCCACCUCUGCUGAGACCAACAACCCUGUUUACCUUGGAGGUUAUCCAGAUGGAGUUAAACAGAACUGCCUGUCGAUCAGCUCCAGGUUUAGAGGUUGUCUGAGGAACCUGAAGCUCAUUAAGUCUCACCUGAGUGACGCUCUCGACCUGAGCUCUGCCCACAUCCUGUUAGGUGUCACACCUAACUCGUGUCCUGUUGCCUUGCAACACCCAACCUGGCUGUGAUUGGUGCAGUCUGGACAGAUGAACUGAUUCUAAUAUUGAUAAUUGAUCGUGGUGUCUGUUAGUAGCCGAUUGUGACUUUGAUCCACAUGAAUCAUUAAAGAUUAUCUGGAAAUGAA